AUGGCUCCCACACCUUCAACAAAAUCAAAUCUUUCGACACCGUCAACGAAAGCAAACAAAACCCCUACAUCAAAGCAGCGCCUCAAUUUCACGGCGCCACAGCACCCGGUGGAGGUGAUAGGCCGAAUCCGCGACCACCCGGAACUCAAGAGCAAGCUCAAUGCUCUUCAAAUCACCGGAGACGCCAAAUCCGUGAGGGUAAAGACCGAAAUCGGGUAUCGGGACUUCACCCUCGACGGCGUCUCGAUGUCGGAGGAGGACGAUCUCGAGGGCUUUUACAAGAAAUUUGUGGAAUCGAGGAUCAACGGUUUGAAGACGAGCCAGAAAUGCACAUUCAUCAUCAACUGCAAAUUCAGCUUCUUAAUUGUGUAUGUUAAGCUGGUGAAACUGAUGGGGAAGAAGGCGAAGAACGCUACGUAUAUUUCGGGGAACGAGGCUGGGAAGAUACUGAAGGAGAUUCAGAAAGUGGAGAAGAGAAGGAUUAUAAUUGUUGAUGUUCCGACUGUUGAAGGACGCCUCAUGCUUGUGGAUAUGGCGGGCUCCGAGAAUAUAGAACAAGCCGGUCAGACCGGAUUGGAAGCGAAGAUGCAGACAGCAAAGAUCAACAAAGGCAACAUAGCACUGAAGAGAGUGGUUGAAUCGAUUGCAAAUGGUGACUCUCAUGUUCCGUUUCGUGAUAUCAAGUUAACAAUGCUUCUGCAGGAUUCUUUUGAGGAUGAUAAAUCGAAGAUUUUGAUGAUACUAUGUGCCAGCCCUGAACCAAGGGAGUUGCAUAAAACUAUUGCCACCUUAGAAUAUGGGGCAAAGGCAAAGUGCAUAGUUCGAGGUCCUCAUACACCGGUUAAAGGCGCGGAAGAUUCAUCGUCUGCUGUUAUCAUGGGGUCGAGGCUAGCAGCUCUGGACCAGUUCAUCUGCAAGUUACAGAUUGAGAACAAAACUCGGGAAAAAGAGCGAAAUCAGGCCCAAAAGGCGCUAGCAAGGAGAGAAGAAGAAGUGUCUUUGCUGAAGAGAAAGCUUGCUCUAGCAGAACAAAGAGGAGUUGAGGCAAGUGAAGAGGAGAUAAAUUCGAAAGUAAAUGAACGUACGCAGUGGAUGAAGAGCGAGUAG